UCGAGCUCAAGCGACUCUGAAAUCGAUUCGCAUCCCUGGAUUGAGUGAGGGGUGAUUUGGAUUGAGAUGAAGGCGGCGGUGUUUUGUACCGGGUUUACGCUUCUGUUUGCUUGGCUUUCUCCAAACCAAGCCCUUUACUUUCACAUCGGAGAGACGGAGAAGAAAUGUUUUAUAGAAGAAAUACCCGACGAAACCAUGGUGAUCGGGAGAUACAGAACACAGCUGUGGGACAAACAGGCUGCCUCUUUUCUCCCAUCCACCCCCGGUUUAGGCAUGCACGUGGAAAUCAAAGAUCCUGAUACUAAGAUCAUCCUGUCCCGUCAGUACGGCUCAGACGGCCGCUUCACCUUCACGUCCCACACACCAGGCGAGCAUCAAAUCUGCCUCCACUCCAACUCCACCAAGAUGGCGCUGUUUGCCGGGGGAAAGCUGAGAGUACACUUGGACAUUCAGGUUGGUGAACACACCAACAACUACCCAGAGAUUGCAGCCAAAGACAAGCUGACCGAGCUGCAGCUGAGGGUCCGACAGCUCCUGGACCAGGUGGAACAGAUCCAGAAAGAGCAGAACUACCAGCGGUACCGCGAGGAGCGUUUCCGUAUGACGAGCGAGAGCACGAACCAGCGCGUCCUGUGGUGGUCUAUCGCUCAGACCAUCAUCCUCAUCAUCACCGGCAUCUGGCAAAUGAGACAUCUCAAGAGCUUCUUUGAGGCCAAAAAGCUGGUGUGAAGAUCAGACAGAACUACAGAGACAAUAACUCAAGUAACAUUCAUUUCCGUCGUGGUUUAAGCAUGGAAAUACUUCUUCUUUUUUUUUUUUUUAUUCAAUUUGGUACAAUUUUAUCUAGAGCAGAUAAAUUCAGACACGAUGAGCUUAAACGGGCAGAAUAAUAACAACCCUUAAUUCUGCUGUAUGACUGAUAACCCUUUAUUAUACACGUCUCUCAUCUAGAGCGUUGGUCGUUUUACUAAAACGCGAGAUAGGAAGCUGUUUUGCCUUUAAGGUGAUGAUCAUACUGCUACGGUCACGUCAAACUUCAAGGUUGUAUUGCCGAUAAAUGUGAAGAAUCAAGCCAGCUAAUCAUUUUCAGCAUUUUUCAACGUUUUUAAUGUGUAUAUAUUGAGGUAUUUAAGAUUUUGACAAAUUUGUGGCUUUGUUUUCAUAUUCUGUGCGACUCGGGCUCUCAAAUACAUUCGAUGUUGGUGAUUUUGAGGGGGAUAUUAUUCAAGCUAACUGACUAUAGCUUGCAGAGUAGCUGCUUAGACCAAAAACAAAAAUACAUGUUUUGAGAAUUUUCUUUCUUGGUGGUUUACAAAAUAUGUUUUUUUUGUUCUUUUUAUGCUUUAUUUAUUAACUGCAUUGACCACAUUUAAUCACAGGAAUGUAUGUAACGAAAACUUUCUGGGGUUUUGUUCAGUUUGAAAAAUAUAUGUUGUUUAUAGGAUCUUUGGAAAAUUUUGUACUGGCUUCUUACAAGUACCAAUUUAUAAAAAUGCUGGUUUGCAUGAUGCACAAAUAAUGCGACAACUUGAAGGUUAUUUCUAGGUUAACACAGCUGUAUUCUCAAGUGUCACUCAAGCUUUGUAAUAAACUGUUCAUCAGUGUGCAUGCAGAUGCUUUAACUGUACACUUGGUACUCAGUCUUUACAUUGUUUGACACAUCGUUCAUAAACACUGCUUCCGUGUCUAUAUUUUAGUUGUUGCUUUGAAUUAAAUGGGUUUUAAAAUGA